CGGGAACCAGAGCCUGAUUCCAAGACAAACUUUGUCCAAAUAGGAAGAAAGCCGACAAGGGCGUCGAUCGGGCCGUCGCAUUUAGUGCGGGCUGCCAAUUCCAAAGGCGGCAACAUAGCGCGUGCAUAACCAGUCACAUUGCAAUAUAAAGGAGGCAUGUCUGCCGCAGCAGUUUAACAAACUACGACAAGCAUUGGCUCUUCAUCUUCCUACUCCCCCCUCCAUUGGCCUACACAAUUCCAUUGGGCGGACGACAUCCCAUCUUGUAUUCUAUCAUGAAGUGGUCCUACUUGGCCGCCUCGGCCAUGGCUCUCCUCCAGCCCAUCUUCGCAGCUCGAGUCCCUGCCCAGGCGCUGCUCCCCCGUGCCGGCUCCAGCUUCUCGCUAGACUCGUCGCAGCCAUCCUUUGUCUUCAACUAUGCCAGCGACAGGCCGGCGCUGAAGAACUGGAUCGGCAUCUACCGCGCGUCAGGCGGUGGUCCUGACAACCAGCAAAAGAACCAAGACUCGCUAACAUGGUCCUACGCGCCGUGGGACCAAGGGUCCGUCCAUGUCGACCUGCGGGAUCUCAGCCCCGGCGACUACAAGGCCUACUUCCUCGCCGACGACGGGUACAAGUGGCUUGCGAGCCCCAUUGCCAUCCGCGUCAACUUCAACGGGCGUCAGGACGGAAGCAAACUUGUCUUUGACUACGUCACGUCGUCUCCCGGAUCCAAAAACUGGGUCGGAGUCUACCCGAUCAGUGGCGGUGGCCCUGACGCCCAGAAGCAGGUCGACAACGCGCCUGUGUGGGCGUACGCCACCGCUAGCAGCGGCUCUGUUAGCGUCGACGUGAGCAGCCUGCCCGCGGGCUCCUACAAGGCCUUCUUCCUCCAAAACGACGGCUACCGCUGGCUUGCCCCGCCUAUUGCCAUCGACAUCAUGGGUAACUCGGGCAGCAGCAUCUCGGCCUCGCUCAGCGGCGGCACCAUCAACGUCGACUACAAGACACCCACUGCUGGUGACCAGAACUGGAUUGGUAUUUACUAUGCUCACAAUGGCGGUCCUGUUGGCGAGAAGCAGGGCGCUGCGGCCUUGACCUGGAAGUAUGCCAACUCUACAAGCGGCACUGUCGCGCUGUCUACCAACGGACUACACACUGGCCUGCACUACCAGAUUUACAUGCUCAAGGAUAACGGCUACAAGUGGCUGGCCAAACCCAUCACCAUUUAUCUUCCUGGUUCGGAUGGUCUGGGGUUUAUAGUUGGUGAUGUUGAAACGGCACGUGCUCAGAGGAGCAGCGCCUUUAACUACAGACUCAACAGUCUCCUCAAGCCGUACAGCACCGAUAAUGUCCAUUUUGAAAAGACAGACGGCCCCGACUGGGUCCGCGUGUCUACCGAUGGCGUUGUGACUGGUGUUCCUACCUCUGACGACAGCGCGUCUGUCAAGGUCCAGGCCAAGGCUCCCGACGGCUCUACUGCCAGCAUCAACGUCCGCAUUCCCGUUGUUUCUAGCGGCUCCAAGCUGGUGGAUGAAUUGCGUGUUUUGACCUUCAACAUGUGGGUUGGCGGCAAAAACGUCGACGAUUACCACAACAAGCAAGUCCGCUUCCUUUCCUCAGAGGGUCUUGAUAUUGUUGGCCUGCAAGAGUCUCAGGGCUAUCACGGUAACCGUCUGGCAGAGGCCCUGGGAUGGUACUCGUGGCAGGGAGACGAUGUUGCUGUCAUUUCUCGAUAUCCCAUCGCCGAGGUCUACCCUGCUGUUACGAAGGCCGGUGGCGUCCGCAUCAAGCUCGACAGCAGCCACGAGGUCAUUUUUUGGAGCGCCCACCCUACGGCAUACCCUUAUGGUCCUUAUGAGGUCUGCUUUAAGCAUAACGAUGCCAAUGCUGUCCUGGAUGUUGAGAACGGGUCUGGCCGAGUCCGCGAGAUGCGUGAGAUUGUGAGCGCCCUGAAUGGUGCCAUCUCCAACGCUGACAAUGUGCCCGUCAUCCUCACUGGUGACAUGAAUGCUCCCUCGCAUCUUGACUGGGUCGAGAGCACGCGUAACACCCACUGCCAAAUCACUAUCCAGUGGCCAACGUCUGUUUUGCCAAUCGAGGCCGGUCUCCGGGACUCGUACCGCGACAUCAACCCCGACCCUGCCGCUGUUCCCGGAAAUACGUGGUCUCCCAUCUUCCUCAACAACCCGGAAUUCAAGAACCAGGCAGAACCCCUUGACCGCAUCGACUUUGUUUACUACAAGGGACUGGACGUGCUGGAUUCGCACACGGUUGUCAAGGGCAAUCCUACUCCAGAGCCCAACAGCAGUGGCAAUGAGUGGACUACGGACCACGCCGCUGUGCGCUCUGUCUUCCGUCUCAAGCAUUGAAUACAGGUCACGAUUUGUAUAUAUGGGUUUUUAUGUAGAACAUAUAACAGGUCAUGAUUAUUGAUGAUUAUCUAAAGUUGAGAGUU